AUGGGCAUGGAUCCAAAUGCGAUACAACAUGAUCGCGACAAGAUCCGGUAUACGAAGAGAGCAAAAAAAAUCAAAGAGGAGGAGGCUAUGGAUGUCACAGAAAUUACCAGUGGAAAAUCGGUUUUUUUGAAGGAAGAAGCUGAAAGCCCUCCGAGUACACAAGGGAAUGAUGAUGUUGCCAACUUGUCGAGCCCUUCGUCUAGUGCUGGGCAAGCUCCUGCGAGUAAUGACUCAGGGUCAGGAACGGGCGUUGACGAGAAAGCUACAACAAACAAUGGAACAUUGCAAGGUCCAGCAAUUCCUGGCAUUGACGUGCCAGAACCACCUCCUUCAACAGAAAUUAAAAAUAUAAAGCAAGACGUUCAGGAGAUGCUUGGGCAUUUGUUGAAGUUGGAACAAAAGGUUAUGGACGUUCGUUGCGCGAAUCGUUUCCCGUCACAUAAUACUGUGGCUUCUUGUGUUUUUGACAGGAAGCUAUUAGAAGACCAAGAAUGGCUGCGCAAGUAUCAAACGCAUGUCUGUUUCCACUAUGAACCAAAGCCGUGCGAAAGAGAGAAUAUGCGGUAUUGGUUUUGCAAAGACCUGACGCUUUUAAUCGAAUGGGCGAAAUGCUUACCAAACGUUGACAAUUUGGGCCUUCUUUUGAAUGAUAAACUAGCCUUAGUCAAAGCUAUGGCGCCUGUAUACCCGUUGCUUCAGUUGGCGUUCUAUUCUUGCACACAUGACAUAAGAAUUAAUUUUGGAUCUUUUGGCCCCUCAGACAGACUUUGUGCUUUUUCAAAUAUUUGCGCAAAUGCUAGAAUGUCCUUGGACUCAAAUGGAGGUUACGGUUCAGACAUGCCCGGUUUUUCACGGAAUUAUGAUGGACCAUAUGUCAACCGAUUGUGGUACCCGGAUGGGAAAUAUCUGGAACGGGAAGAACAACAAACGGAUCCUACUAUGAAGAGAACACCUCCUGUUCAUACGCUUUUACUUGAUAGUGUUUGCAAUCAGUUUGUCAAGUAUGGCAUCAACGAGAAGCACAUGGUUUUAUAUAAACAAAUGUUGUAUUAUAAUCCAGAUGCUGAUGGUCUUUCCAGUCGCGCGAAAGAAGUGGUUACUGCAGAGCGUAUCAAAACCCUUAAUCGUCUUUACUGGCUGCUCUCAAGGGACCGUAACUCAGUUCAAACUGCUGAAGCAUUCUCCGCUCUACUUCUAAUUGCAUCUACCCUUGCUCGCAUUGCUUCGUAUCUGAAACGAACUUUUGACAUUACUCACAUAUUUGGUCCUGCUAACGACCUUAUUGACCAGCUUAUUAUUAUUGGUCUCUGA